AAACAAACAAUGGAUAAGAAUAAACUACAACCCCAAUCAUCCCACUUUCAACGUCCUACUUCACAUCUCUCUUCCGAUCUAUCUGAUUAAUUAAAUUAAAGAAAAAUUAGUAGAUUAAUUUAUUAAUUUUAUUAAAAAAGGAAAAAAGAAAAACUCUAUGUCAGUGCUCCUUAGGCGGCUUAUUUUACAUUUCACACUCAUUUAAUAUCAAGAAUAAAAAAUAAUUAAUUUCAAAAUUAAUUUUAAUAUAAUUAAUUCUGAAAUAAUCAAUCAUGAAAUAACUUAGUUUGGCUUAACUGUCUUUGCAGUCCGAAAAAAAAAAGAAGUAAAAAAUGAAAAAGAAGUACAUUUAUGCAUGAGUGUUAGCAGUUCAGGUCUGCCAUAUCAUAAUCUUACGUGGAUCUUCUUUCAAGUAUUUUUUAAUUGGUAAAAUUCUUAUUGGUAGUAUUAAUACCUAAAUAAUUGACAAAUAUUUUAGUGUUAUAAUUGGAUCACUACUACUUUCUUAAAAAGCAACAAAGUAGCAUCUGAAUUCUUGAUUUAUUUGUCAGCAGGCUGUAACAAUAACCAGAGUGAAAGAAAAGAAAAGAAGAAAAGAUGGUGAUGGAAGAAGGAUGUCAAACACCAAGAAGCCCAGAAGCAAAAGUUGGUAUGCAAGUGGAAGAUCUAUGGGAUAUACAAGAACCACAGCUUAGUCCUACUGAGAAACUCAACGCUUGUUUUGAGAACAUUCCUGUUUCUGAUUUCCCUCCUGCUCCUUCUAAUCAAGUUAUUGAGAUAAAAUCUGAUGCAACUUUGGCCGAAGCUGUUAAGUUACUAUCACAGCACAAAAUACUUGGUGCACCUGUUGUGGAUGUUGAUGCCCCUGAAGAUGCUAGUUGGAUUGAUAGAUAUAUUGGCAUAGUAGAAUUUGCUGGCAUUGUGGUAUGGAUCCUCCAUCAGUCGGAAAAGAUGGAGGGCACCGCUGCUUUUGAUUUUGAUUCGCUAAUCACUGGAGCAGAAAACAUACUCAGUCCUGCUUUGGCUGCAGCUGUUAAUGGAGUCUCUUCUCCAAGAUUCAGAAGUAUGCAUCCUGAAUCUCCAACAGCGACUUGUGGAAACUUUUUUGAGACAUUAACUUCGUCGGAUCUCUACAAGAAUACAACGGUUCGGGACAUUUCAGGUUCAUUCCGCUGGGCCCCAUUUCUGGCUUUGCAGAAAUCAAACUCCUUUCUGACAAUGCUUCUCUUGUUAUCUAAAUACAAGAUGAAGAGUGUUCCUGUGGUUGAUUUAGGGGAAUAUAAGAUUGCUAACAUCAUAACUCAAUCUGCUGUUAUACACAUGCUAGAAGAAUGUGCUGGUCUCCAUUGGUUCGAGAGCUGGGGUUCUAAGAAAUUAUUUGAACUUGGUCUCCCUCUAAUGAAGCCAAAUAACGUCAUUCAGGUGGCUGAGGAUGAACCAGUGCUGCAGGCAUUCAAGCUGAUGAGACAGAAUGGUGUUGGAGGAAUCCCCGUGGUCGAAAGUGGUGGAAGGAGAGCUAUUGGUAAUAUAAGUAUCAGAGAUAUUCAGUUCCUCCUGAUUGCUCCCGAAAUCUACAGGGACUACAGAUCUAUAACAGCAAAGAACUUCCUGACAUCAGUUCGAAAAUAUCAGGGGGAGCACGAAAAGAACUCGCUGUUCUUAAGUGACAUGGUUACUUGCAGAAGAAACAACAGCCUUAAAGAAGUCAUCAUGAAGCUCGACUCGAAGAAGAUCCACAGGAUCUACGUUGUCGAUGACAUGGGAAAUCUCGAAGGGGUAAUCACACUCAGAGACAUAAUCUCAAAGCUAGUACACGAGCCGCGUGGUUACUUUGGUGAUUUCUUUGAUGGUGUUUUGCCAUUGCCAGCAAAUAGCAGGGUUUAAGUCCUAACAACUUUUAAGAACUUUAUGCUGAUCCUUUACUUUCUCUAGUGAACUGAAUAAUUUUAACAUAAUGUGUAUUAGGUUGUUUCUUGCAGGGUGAGUCUUUUGUAAUUUUGGUUUGUUUUUUACAAGUGGAUUCCUGUCCUUUGCACACAAGACCCUUUGUGGUAUUGUUGAAAUUGAAAGAAAUGCAUAGGCUCUUUUUCUA